AUGCCGUGCCCGCUGUGCGGCGACGAGAUUGAGACCAAUGUUUCCAGGUCGGGCUCACAGGCCAGUCAGCAUUUCUACAAGUGGAUUCGUUACGAUGCUCGUCAAUGUCGUUUCUUCGAGUUCCAGUGGAUGAAGCUGGCGUACGAAAUAGUGAGCAUGAAGGGCAACAAAGGGGACAUACCAGAGUUCCUAUACGGCGUGAUCAUCGACUAA